UCUUUGUUUCGCCCUCUUUCCUCUCACUCCCCUGCGGCCCAUUUCAUACUAACAGCUUCAAAUUCUCUUCAAAAACCUAAAAACCCUGCAGACCCAUCAGCCAAAAUGCGUAUAUUCUUUGCCUAUUCAGCCAAAAUCUUCAAUUUCAAUACCACAACCGUCAAAUCCAGUCCCUUGAUUCACACAGUACUUCAUGACCCUCUCACCAACACUUUCACUUGCAAGAGACCCAUGUCACAGUCCACCUCCAUACCCAAAAAGCAACAGAGGGUUCGAGACUACGGCUACGACAACUACAUGGAGGUGGAGAAGAAAAUGCGGAAAGUCCUCAAGUUUCAGGACCUCAUUUUCUCUCAACCCAGUUCAGUCGUCUCCAUCUCUCGCCUCGACACCCUCGCUCGCCGCCUCGGCCUGAAGCAGUUCGAAGCCGGCCAAUUCAUUCUCAAAUUCCCACACGUUUUCGAGAUUUUUGAACACCCAGUUCAGAGAAUUCUCUAUUGCAGGCUUACCCGGAAAGCUCUGCUCCAAAUUGAUCAAGAGAACGAAGCCCUUAUUGCCCAAAUCCCCGACGCCGUGACCCGUCUCCGGAAGCUUCUCAUGAUGUCAAACACCGGCAGGCUUCGGCUCGAACAUGUCCGCAUUGCGCGCAAAGAUUUCGGACUGCCUGAUGACUUCGAAUUCUCGGUAAUUCUCAAGUACCCACAAUUUUUUAGACUGUUUGAUGCGAAAGAAACUAGGAAUAAGUACAUUGAGGUUGUAGAGAAUGAUCCAAAUUUGACCAUAUGUGCUAUCGAGAGACUUAGGGAGAGAGAGUACAGAGAGAAGGGAAUUGAUGCUGAGAACAUCAGGUUUUCAUUCAUUGUAAAUUUCCCGCCCGGGUUUAAGAUUAGUAAGUACUAUAAGAUUGGGGUGUGGAAGUGGCAACGGCUUCCGUAUUGGUCUCCGUAUGAAGAUGUCUCGGGUUAUGACUUGAGGUCCUUGGAGGCGCAGAAGAGGAUGGAGAAAAGGGCUGUUGCUACUAUUCAUGAAUUGUUGACGUUGACUGUCGAAAAGAAGAUUACUUUGGAGAGGAUUGCGCAUUUUCGUUUGGCAAUGAAUUUGCCCAAGAAGCUGAAAGAGUUCCUUCUUCAACAUCAGGGGAUAUUCUAUAUAUCAACUAGGGGUAAUCAAGGGAAGCUUCAUACAGUUUUUCUGAGGGAGGCUUAUAGGAGGGGGGAGUUGAUAGAGCCCAAUGAUUUAUAUUUAGCAAGAAGAAAAUUGGCUGAAUUGAUUUUGAUAAGUCCUAGGAAGGCCAAUGUGGACAAGGAGUUGGCAAGUUAUAGGAGAGAUGCAGAAGAUAAUGAAGCGGGGUGUAUCAAAAGAGACUACGUUGAUGACAGUUCUGACUAUGAGGGCAGUGCUCAAGGUAGGGUGAGGGAAGAUGUUUUGGACUCGGAUUCGGAUCAUGCUGGUUCUGAUAUUUUGGACAAAGAUAAUGAUUGUGAGGAAAGUGUGGAUGCAGGGGAUGCUCGUGCGGUUGACUGAGAUGACUGGUCAUUUGAGGUUCAUUGUGAAUUUUUGAAGUCCUAGUCAUUUGCAUCUUCUCUUUUCGCUUUGAAGCCUCACGUCAUUUCAGUUCCACAAUAGCAUUGGAGAUAACCAUACAUCUUCUGAAGUCCAUAAGAAGUGCAUGGCAUAGAUUGGCUAUUGAUGUGGCAAAAGAGAAAGAUGCUUCUCAUGAAAAAUGCGUAAAUUGGUCUCUUUCAUUGGUGAAAGAAACACCUGGUUUGGGAUUUAGGUUCAUAAAUAAAGAUCAUGAUUUAAGAGGAAACUAUUUGGCACCUCAGUAGAUCCAAUUUUUUCCUUCACGACCUGAAGGUGAAUGUUUUGUGGGAAUUGACAGAAUUUAUCCAUGUGGCUAUACCAGGCUUCUGACUUGUACCAGUAUGGAGUAAACCUGAAAGGAAUUAUUCUGCUUAAUGAAAGGAAGUUGAAGUUUUUGCGAGCAGUACCGGACCUGUGGAAGAGGUUUUGUUUCAGGAGGCCGCCCCUACAGUCGUGUGUUAGAAGAGGUUGGCAAGCAAUGAAGAACUAUAGGGUGGCCUUGAAGUGUUUGAUAAAUUUUAGUUAAAAGAUUUUAGCUCAUUAUUUACUCUUUGAGAUUGACUAAGCAUUAUUUGAAUGAUGGAACAUAUUGGUGAGUUAUGUUAUUCGAACUUGAAUUUUAACGUAAUUUGGAAUGGUUUAGAGAUGAUUUUGAGUCUUGGAGCAGUAAAUGGUUUGAGAAAGAAAAUUUGUUUUGGUGGUUUCUAUGAAUGGUGGUUGGCUCACGUGUGGUGGGGAGCAGGGCGUGACAGAUGGUAUCAGAGCCUUAGGUUCGAAUACUCUAGCGGGGCAGUGGGAAGAGGUCUCGACCUCGGAUUAGUUUGGGUGUUUAGGUGUAAUAAGAUAUUGAUUAUUUCCUUUUUUUUAUUGAGUUUAGAAGAAGCGAUGCUAUGUUUUGUGAGAUUGCUGAUUGCAUUAUUUGGCUAAAGUAAUUGUGGAUCUGUUUUGUGCCACAUGAUAUGAGCUAUAUGUCAGAUAUGAGGUUUAAGGUCUUAGUUUUGGUAAAGUUGCUCUUUAUCAUCUUGGUUGAAACCUGAAAAUGAUAUCCGACAAUCUCUAUAACUCUCAUAUUUAUCAUACUCGUCUGUGGAUUUUAGAUUUUCAUCAUAUUUGAUGUCUACUUGAUGUGUGGCUGAACGCACACACCACGUUUGUUAUUCAACAUGAAUUGAAAAGCUUACCACAUAUUUUUUUAUCCAGAUUGAAAUUAAGCAUUUUUCUCUGUAGUUUGCAUUUUGCAACUUGGAUCGGUUGAUGUGUUGAACUGAGCAGAGCAAAGCUUCAUGGGUCAGUUUAGCAGGAGUAAAAUAUUUGGCAUUUUGAUGAUGUCCGCGAUCAUGUAGUUUGGGUGACAAAUUUCUUUCUUGGGUUCAUGUCCUCUUUCUGUCUUUUCUUUCCUCCUAUUUUGAAUACUUAAACUAGAAAUCAAGUGUGACAUCCAAUGUGCUUCUCUAUGGUCAAGUUUGGUUUGAUAAUAUUGGAGGCUUUCUCAUUGUUGCAUCGAUAUUUUUAUGUCAGUUGGAUAGGUUUAAUGCUGCCCUUUCUAGAUUUUUCUCUAAUCCCAUCAAUAUUACUAAAAAAAAAAAUCAAGUUGGGUCAAGUGAGGGGAUUAAUGCUUGAGAAAAAAUUUAUGCAUACCAAUUAAUUUGAUCUGAUUAGGAAUUUGGAUAUUGAGACUAGAAUUGACUUGUUCAACUCAAGGUUGAAGCAAAGUCUUUAAGUUCACCUUGAUUGGUUGCAUAAGGUUGAAGCAAAAUACUUAAGUUCAUCUUCACUUUAUAAGCACUUGUUCACUUCGCCUAUCCUGUUAUAAUUUUAUGGACACUCUCUUCAAAUCCUUCACCUGAAAAGAUCUUAAGUUUUAUGGUCUACUAAGGUCGUAAACAGUGCUUGUGGGAUUAGGGUUUGAAAAGAUGGAAGAGGGUAACAUUCAUGUAUGGAGAGGGGAAGGAAUUCAGCUUGAGGAGAUAGGAGACUAAUUGCUUAGAUUAUAUGUGUGUGUAAAGUAGUUGCUGGAUUCUGAAGGCACAACAAUCGUGGUGUUUGGAAUAUAUAGUUUAUACGAGUGUGUGUAUAUUGAUUGUAAUCUGAGUGCUACUUCAGAAUGAGAAUGAACAGAGAGAAGUCAGAGAGAGAACACGAUGGCAUAUGUGGUUCUCAGAGUUGAUGGUGAUGGGUUUAGAGUAGAGAGAACAUAUACAGUUGAAAUAGGUGUUUUUUUUGGACAUUUGACAUUACUUAUUUCCCCGUUACGUUUUGCACUUUCCACACCACCACAGGCAAAAUUUGCAUUAUUUCCGGCUGCUGGCAAUUUUAAUGAGCUCUGUCAUUGUCAUGCUAGCACAGAGCCUUCUGGACUUUCAGCCUUUACACUAUCAAUGUUAGUCUUAGACACAGAAUUGCUAGUGAGCAUCCCAUGCUGUGGACAUCGUUGCAAUGGAUUUUGCAACAGAAUCCAGAAGAACACUAAAAGGAAUCUGCUCAAGAAGCUACAUGAGAUCAUCAAGAUCAUAUGAUGUACUGGUGUCCUUUUCACAUUGUCUUAAGAUUCAGGUGAGUAAAACAAUACUUAGUAUGUAGAGCUGGACUCGGUAGUCAGAACAUAACAUGAAGGAGGAACUAUGGGAGCCCGAGCCUUUUGAUAAUUUGGCCAUAAAAAGCGUCAUUACCUAGAGUGGUUCUUAGGGUACUGGGAGGGAUAGACUGGAUGUAGACAUAACAAUUGGCAUUGUGCAAAUGACCAUCUUAGUUUUUAUACUUUUUAUUAACUUUUUGGUGAGAGUUCUUGGAGAUUCCGAUUUGAUUUGCUUUGUUGUCAUUCUUUUGUUUACUUUGUUCUGCUGAUAGUGGGAAUGAAAAGUAUCUGUUUCCGUUCCCAUCUUUGAAACCAAACUAAUCUACUUGGUUUGAGCGUUGCAGUCUCUUUCCCAUAUGGCCAUGAGUAUGCCUCUGUGACUAAUAAUAAAGCUGUUGUUUUCCCCUUCAUCACUAAUGAUUCAAUUGCUAGGAAAGAGGGAGAGCAUGAAGAAGGCAAAAGUAGGAGGAAUGGAAGAGUUAUUCCGAUAAAGGAAUGAGUUUCUCUUACUGUUUUCUGAUUGAGUAGAAAUGAAAUAAAGGGAAAGAGUGACACCUGGUUUGCUUAAUUCCAUAAUUAAAAAGAUGCCCUUUGGAAGAAUAAAAAUGUAAAAGAAAAUGAAUAAAGAUGCUUUCGAAUUUACCGGGAAAAAAAUAAAGAUGCUUUUGCAUUCAUCCUAGUCAUAAGAAGUAGAGCUAUAGUACGUCCGAAGGGAAAUGCCAGCCAUCCUCCCAACUUGUCCCUCUCCUUUUCUCUAAAAAGGCUAGUCUAGUGCACGAGCCUCUCACCAUUAUAGGAUUUAGGGAGAGUCAAAUGUACGCAACCUUACCUUAGCAUGUGGGGAGGCUACUUCCUUGAUUCGAACCGGUGAAUUCCAAGUUACAGUGGAGUUGUGCCAAGUCCCACUUUCUUCUUCUCCAUCAGUUAGUAAAGUAAGAAAUUUUCAAUUUCCUUCUGUUCCCUUUCAUCCUUCCUUCUUACUGAGCAAGCUUGUGACAAGUCAUUAGGAUAGGGGAAAUAAAGAAAAAAAGAAAAAGAAAAAUAGUAUGUAUGUUUGGUUCAGUUUCAGAGAACAGUUUUUUAUUUUCAGACAACUGACAAUGUAUGAAAUUUGUUUGGUUGACAGUUUUUGUUUUAUUUUCCCGAAAAUUCAAAUGAAAAAAGAUAUGUUUUCAGAGAAUAAGGCCUUGCUUGGAUUGUAACUCAAAAAACAGCUUUCUGUUUUUUGAGUGACAAAAACUAAGAAAGCUGGUUUAUAAUAUGCUUGGAUCUCUUUUUAGAGAAUAGUUCUCAAAAAACCGAAUCACUAGAGUAUGAGUUUUAGAGAACAGCUUGAACAAGUUCUCAGAGUUUUGGGAAUAGAGUUUCCAUCUUUGAGAAAACACGGAGAACUCCUCCAACUUAAAAUGACUGAACUUACCCUGGUCGUUUAAAACAUCGUCCGUUCCUCAGCCACAAAUUCCCCUCUCUAGACCUGCAAAUCAACUCUUCCUCAUCUCUCCCAGUACCUUAUGUUCGACUCUCGCUACCUAUCUUCAGCAUCUACAUGUAAUCAUCCAUCCCUCUUUCUCUCAAAGAUUUUUGGUUCGUUUUUUUUUUUUUUUUUUCAAAAAUACAAGAUUCACUCUAAUCUUAUAUUCAAUUUCGUAAAGAUAACUUCAAUUUGCCUUUUUUUUUUUUUUUUUCCUUUUUCUUUCUCUCGUUCUAUUGUCAAUUUUGUUGGCCGAGUUUGCAUUUCUUUAAUGUCUGGGUGUCUGGGUUUCUCUUUUGUUGGCUGGAUUUCUCUAUUUGUAUUCAUGUAAUAUAUAUAUGCAUAUAUAUAUAUAUGUGUGUGUGUGUAUAUAUAUAUAUAACGUCCCUAGGCCCUUUGUCUUGUAGACUGAGAACUCUUGGAGAACUUAAAAUCGAUGUAACAAAUAGUUGGUCCUAUUCAAAAAAUAAAUUGGCAGAAUCCAUCUUUAUUUUUUUCCCCUUUUUGAGAACUUGUGAACAGAGAACUAUGCAUUUCUUUUUCUUGUGAAAGGAGAACUCUUGGACAAUGCUAUGACUAUGUAUAUGUGUGUCAAAUGUACAUGUGAUCUUUGUUUGCAGAGAGUCUCAUCAGAUCAAACCCAACGGUGGUUUUGGACUGAUAUAUUUAUUUGAGAGUAUAGAUCCUACAAGUGGUUCGUGUUAAUUAACUAUUUGUUCAUUGGUCAAAAUGACAAGGUGAUAGUUUUUAAUGAAGUACGAAGAGGAUCUAGAUUUAAUUUAUUAAGGAAAUGCUAGCCGUAGUCAAGUUCUCUGAAUCAAGUAAAUUUUAGUGAAGUAAGCAAAAGAAGUCAUGGCCUCAUGGGAUAGAAUCACGUAUGUUACAAGUGAUGCUCAUCCAACUUCUGUAUAGGUGAUGCCAUUUUUAUUUAUUUUUUUCAUGCCAUCCUAUGAAGGGAAGAAAUAUAUGCUUGUUCUAUUGAUUGCCUU